UCAUCCGUCGUAAGUAAAAAGACUCUCUGCCCCUCUCGCGUUCUCAAAAUGCUGAGAGCUUCUUUCUAUUUCUUUGGCUCUUUUGGGGUCUCUCCCUUCUACAAAUGGAAGAAAAAUCCCCAUCCCCUACCUUUCUUCAAACCAAGAACAGCAGCAGCAGCAGCAGCAGCUCCAACUGAAUUUCUUCCCACUCUGGUUUCAUCUCAAUCUACAAACCAUUUCAGACCGUUUCAGAUGUCUGCAAGUCGUUCUGAAUCAGAUCCGGAUCCAGAUUCUCCUGCUUCUUCUUCUUCAGCUGUCUGGCCGUCGACGGCACAAAAGCCUAAAAUCAGUUUCUGUCAAUCUUGUGGAGGCCCGACGAAGCAAGUCAUUCCGGAUGGAGAGGAGAAGAUGAGAGCUGUUUGCACGCUUUGUGAGAGAAUCUACUAUGAGAACCCAAAAAUGGUUGUUGGCUGUCUAGUUGAACAUGAUAACAAGGUUCUACUUUGCAAGCGGAAGAUUCAUCCAUCCUAUGGGCUUUGGACUCUUCCUGCUGGUUUCAUGGAAAUUGGGGAGUCAGCAGCAGAAGGAGCAACUAGGGAAACCUUGGAGGAAGCAUGCGCUGAAGUGGAGGUUCUUUCACCAUUUGCUCAAUUAGAUAUUCCUCGUAUCAGCCAAAGUUACAUCAUUUUUCGAGCAAAAUUGAAGAAUCCUCACUUUUCGCCUGGCCCUGAGUCUCUGGAGUGUGCUCUUUUUGCUCUAGAUGAUAUACCAUUUGAUUCUCUAGCAUUUUCAUCAAUCUUUGUUACCUUGAAGAUGUACAUUGAAGAUGUCAAGGCUGGAAAAUUUAAGUUUCAUUACUGUACGAUAAAUAAGAGACCUGGUGCAAGUCCAUCAGAUACCCACGGUUUUGUUGUGGAUUACCAUUUGCAAUCUUGAAAUGCAGCGAAUUUCCUGCCAUCAGGUCAUAAAUACAGUGAUGGAAGAGCAACACGGGAAUUUCACAUAGUAAAGGUGAAUUGCUGCUACUGCAGUUGACAAUCGAUUCCAUGGAUUGAAAGCCUCCAUUAUGAUUAGAUAGAUGGUGUGACGUGUUCCCUGUUCUCUAACGUGGAUUUUCACCUCGCUAUUCUUAAUUUUCCUUCAUUUUGUGGAGCCAAACUCGUUGCUAUGUGAUUGAUUCUUGUUAUCUAUCACAGUUCUUGCAGUUGUCCUUC